GCCGACUUACCACACGCCUGCAGAUAAAGACAUCAGCCAUCAGGUGCUGAAACUCUGGACUUGGCAGCUCAGGAUUGGUGAGAGGGGGCAUGGCGCUGGUGAAGGUAUUCGGACCGGCGAUGUCGACGAACGUAGCAAGAGUGCUGGUGUGCCUCGAGGAGAUGGGUGUCUGCUACGAGAUCGUCAACAUCAACUUUGCCGCUGAGGAGCACAAGGGCCCUGAGCACCUCGCGCGAAACCCAUUUGGGCAGAUUCCAGCUUUUCAGGAUGGCGAGCUAAUGCUCUUUGAUUCUCGGGCAAUUUCAAGGCAUGUGCUCCGCAAAUACAAGACCGCCGGGGUCGACCUGCUAAGAGAAAGCAACCUCCAAGAGUCUACGCUCGUCGAUGUUUGGCUGGAGGUGGAGGCACGCCAGUACGACCCUGCCAUUACUCCCAUCAUCUACCAGCACUAUCUUGUGCCGAUGCGAGGAGGAACUCCCGACCAGAAGCUCAUCGGCGAAUGCAUCGAGAAGAUGAAGAAAUUGUUGGGUGUGUACGAGGCACGGCUAUCCGAAUCGAAGUAUCUGGCUGGGGACUUCGUCAGCCUAGCAGACCUCAGUCAUUUCUCAUACACGGUCUACUUCAUGAGGACGCCAUAUGCAUCCGUGUUUGAUUCCUACCCGAGUGUCAAGGCAUGGUGGCAGGAGCUGAUGUCAAGGCCAGCAGUCCAGAGGGUCGUCAGCCUGCUGCCCAAGGAAUGAUAAUCACAAAAAGAGCAGGGCAUCCUUUCCUUAACUUACUACGUCAAGUUGCAGUUUUUUUAUGUCACAAGCAAAGCAUAGAGAGAACUUUCUGUAGCCUAUGAUUUAGUUUUUGGGGUUGAGGCAAGUUAAACUACUCAGAUUUUACCUACUAUAUAAAAGCUUGUAUACAUGGUAUCUUGGAUGUGAUGAAGUCUUCCCUUUCCAUCAA